AUGAGUACCGAAGUUGUGAAAAUAGAAAAUGGCGAUAGUUUGCCAGAAAAGCGUAGGAUCGAGGAACCAGAAGAUGGAGCGGCUCUGAAGAGAAUUCAGACGCCUGUUGCGCAAGGCGACAGUGUGGGAAGAAAAGUCAUCGUACCGACAUGUGCUCCUAAGCUACACUACACUCCUUUGAAGACGGGACUGUGCUACGAUGUGAGAAUGAGGUACCACGCCAAGAUCUUUACAUCGUAUUUCGAGUAUAUUGAUCCGCAUCCGGAGGACCCCAGAAGAAUCUACCGAGUGUACAAGAUACUGGCAGAAAACGGGCUUAUAAAUGACCCAACGUUAAGUGGGCUUGAUGAUAUUGGCAAUUUGAUGCUCAAAAUACCCGUGAGAGAAGCCACUGAUGAGGAAAUCUUGCAAGUUCACUCGAAGGAACAUCUGGAGUUUAUAGAAAAGACUUCGAAGAUGACUCGCGAUCAGCUAUUGAAGGAGACUGAAACAGGAGAUUCGGUCUACUUUAACAAUGACUCGUACUUUAGUGCUAAGCUGCCCUGUGGUGGUGUCAUAGAGGCUUGUAAGGCAGUGGUCGAGGGCAGAGUGAAAAAUGCUCUUGCGGUGGUGAGGCCACCGGGCCAUCAUGCGGAACCGGAGGCCGCUGGUGGCUUUUGCUUGUUCAGUAAUGUUGCCGUGGCUGCUCAGACUAUGCUUAAAAGCUAUCCGGAAAGCGUAAGAAGGAUUCUAAUACUAGAUUGGGAUGUUCAUCAUGGGAACGGUACCCAAAAGGCGUUCUACAACGAUGAUAGAGUUUUGUACAUUUCGCUGCACAGAUUCGAGCUCGGCAGAUAUUAUCCGGGGACAAUCAACGGUCAAUACGAUCAGACAGGAGAGGGAAAGGGUGAAGGCUUCAAUUGUAAUAUCACCUGGCCAGUCGCAGGGGUCGGAGAUGCGGAGUAUAUGCUGGCCUUCGAGCAGGUCGUAAUGCCUAUGGCUAGAGAGUUCCAACCUGAUCUGGUAAUCGUGUCGUCCGGGUUUGACGCUGCAGAUGGUGAUACCAUAGGCCAGUGUCACGUAACCCCAAGUUGCUAUGGGCAUAUGACCCACAUGCUGAAAUCUCUGGCAAGAGGUAAUAUAUGCGUGGCUCUCGAAGGAGGUUACGAUCUGGAUUCUAUCGCACGAAGUGCUUUGAGUGUCACCAAAGUACUCAUUGGAGAACCACCUGAUGAGUUGCCAGAACCCACCAAAGAUCCCAAACUGGAGGCAAUAGAGAUGAUCGAUAAAGUUAUACAUAUCCAAUCCAAAUACUGGAAAUGCUUCAAACGGAAGUAUGGUAACGCUGGCUGUAACUUCAGCGAACCAGUGACCGAUUCUAUCGUUUCCAAGAAUUUCCCCUUGCAAACAGCUAUACGCCAGGAGCAGUUCCAUCAACUUUCCAGAGAAAAUGGCUUCGUGGAGCUACCAAUUGAAAAGCUAGAGAUACCUGAUGACAGCAUCCUUUGUUCUUCCGAUCUAUAUGAGCGAAGUACUAUCAUAAUACUCGUGCAUAAUACUCCCGAGAUUUGGGCUAAGAGAGAUGCGAUUACAGGAGCUAUUGAUCCUGCCAGCUCUGUUAUUGUAGACUCACCUCUGGAUGUCAUCAAAUGGGCACUUGAUCGGAGGUAUGGUGUGAUAGAUAUCAACAUUCCUCAAUCUCUGUUUGAGCAAGACAAUUUUUCGGCGGUUGUGACGUCGCAAGAGGUCGUUCUUUACCUAUGGGAUCAUUAUAUCAAAUACAUUCCUUCGCUCUCAAGGGUUGCUUUCGUUGGUGUCGGUGACGCGUACGCAGGAAUUGUGCAUUUAUUGGGUCAUCGGGACACAAGGGCCAUUGUGAAGGCUGUGAUUAGCUUCGUUGGAAGAAAGCAGUUGAGACCGCUGGUUCCACUGGUUGAUGAAUCACUGAGUGACUGGUAUUUUAAGAACUCAUUAGUCUUCACAGAUAAGAAUCAUCCAUGUUGGGCUGAAAAUGAAAACAAGAAACCUAGAAAGAAAUACGGUAGAGUUCUGAGAUGUGAGACCGACGGGCUCAAUAGUAAUAUGGAAGAGAGGUUUGAAGAGGCUACCGACUUCAUUCUUGAUUCUUUUGAAGAAUGGAGCGAUAGUGAUUGA